CGUUUCAUCCUAAGUGCAGAAAGUGCAAAUACAGAAAGUGCAGCCGAAUGAAUUGACAGCAAUUUCUAACCUAUUGCGGUCAUACGGCUCAUGUUCCAACACGAUACAACUUCCUUAUUUGCAAGUCUAAUAUUGUAUUAACAAUCUUUUAAACUUGAUAAAUAUGGCCCAGGCAUAUGACAGUUAUUACAACGAUUAUCACAAAAAUGCUGAAUUAGAACAGAAUCUAAAAUACAAGAAGAAGUACCGGAAACUCAAAAAGAUUGUGAAAAACACUGUAUUUGAAAAUGCAGCACUAUGUGAUCAAGUUGCACACAUGCAGGAGAAUCUGAUGCUGGUUAAAGAAGAGAGGCUGUUUCUUUUGCGCAAGCUGUGCCAGCAGCAAGGGGAAAUGGAGUCUAACUCCACGAUAGCCCGUUCACAGUCAAAUAAUGUGAAUUCACCGUCAUUUAAUCCAGAAUGCGCUACAACGAAGAAGACUGUAAAAAAGAGAGCACCUACGGAUGGAACAGAAUCGAAAAGUAAAACAAAAAGAUACAACAAAUCUGCCAGAAGAGUAGUGCAGUUGAUUCCACUAGACGUGCAUGGAAGGCCGAUAUUCCCCAUAGCUCUGGGAGAUCUCACAAUAUAUUCUCUUGGUGAAGUGGUGUCAGAUAGAAUCGCGUAUCAUACGGAAGAUCUUAUAUUUCCAGUAGGUUAUUGUAGUACAAGAGUCUAUGCCAAUUUAAGAGAUCCGAGAACAAAGAGCUUGUAUACCUGUAAAAUACUGGAUGGUGGUCCGAAACCCAGGUUUGAAAUAGUGUCUGAUAACGAUCUGGAUCAACCAUUGGUCGGAUCCAGUCCGGACGAGUGUCACACGAAACUGCUAGCAGCAAUAUCCCCGGCGCUUUGUUCAGUAGCACCUAAAGGCGCAGAUUUUUUCGGAAUUUCUCAUCCUACCAUACAAAAUCUGAUACAAAGCUCGCCAGGAACGCGUAAAUUGGUCAUGUACAAGCAACAACGUUUUGAGGUAAGCAAAAAUCACGUAAUCGACCGAGCUACAAGUCCGGUUACGGAAGUGGAGGCGGAUCCAGGGCUCGGUUUUGCGGCAUUACAUAGGCAUUAUGCUUUGCAUCCUUAUCGAGUGAAGGAAGAACCUUCGGAACAUGAUCUACUGGCACUGCAAGAUCUCCUUGCGUGAUCAUUAGUAUUAUAAACUGGAUAACAAACACAAUUUAUAUUGAAAUUAAAAAUAGAUAAGAAGUCGAAAUAUCUAAACUAAAAAGACGUCAAGUAUUAUAACUUACUAAUUUUUUUUACUUUGUGGAGCUAACAACUGUUAUUUAGCGUUUUUUUUUGUUGGACGUUAUAAUAAAUUUGUGACAAUUGUUAAUGCAAGCAAAAUACUUUUCAGUAAAUUUCAUAUGAUAUUUAUUUAAGUCAUAGUAUAUAAAAUGGUCGCGAAUGGUUACGACAAAUGUAAUAACCAUGAGCGCUUCUCUAACCACAGUAUACAAAUUGGAACAUUCUUAUUACAUAUAGCAUUGUUUAUCAUAUCACGAUGUUUUUAAUUCGUUCAUAUAAAUCGUUUAUCGGAUUUAUCGUAACUUGUAUACAUAUAAAUGAUAUGUAUAAUGUAUAUUUAAUUAGUAUCAACAAAUGUGUAAUUAAUUAAAAUAUUCCUGUUGGCGCUUAUAUAUUAACUUAAAAUUUUCUGAAAUUAAAAACAACUCUUUUGAAUAUAACACUCCUGAGGAAUUACUAUAAAUAUUACAUUCCUGAGGAAUGAAAUCAUAAUAUGUACAUGGUACAUCGAACAUCGAACACUGUACUAUAUAAAGAUAUAUGAUAUUUAUGAAUCUUAAUAUU